AAAAUACUAUGUUCAUUUAUUCUGUUGACCUACCCUCAAUGCCACUCUUUCUGUUUUGGCCUAUACAUGUUACUUAAGUGCAGACACAGUGACUUCUACUGGAGAACAGGAGUUAAGGCAGUGACCACACACCUGGUCAUGCCACUCACGGACUCAAACAGUUUCAGGAGCAACGCCACCGUUUUAUAAACAUGAACACUGAAAAUGGAGACUGUGGAUUCUCCCGAAAGUGCUAAAGAGAAAGACUCCACUUUCGUUCUAUAUGAGUGUCCCACUAUCGAGCAGCUGGAGGACAUAUUACAUGGAGGUCAGCUGUCAUGUAACCAUGUUGAUGAAGUGUGGCCUAAUUUGUUUCUGGGAGAUAUGUACAUGUCUCAUGACAGAUAUGGUCUUUGGAGACUGGGUAUUACUCAUGUUCUGAACGCUGCUCAUGGUAAAAUGUGCUGUAAAGGAAGUGAUGAUUUCUAUGGCACAACAGUGAAGUACUAUGGAGUGGCCGCUAAUGACCUUCCUACAUUUGAUAUUUCACCUUUCUUCUACCCCUCUGCACAAUAUAUUCAUCAGGCUCUCAGCACUGCUGGAGCCAAGAUUUUCGUACACUGUGCUGUUGGAGUGAGUCGCUCUGCUGCCCUGGUCUUGGCUUAUUUAAUGAUCUACCACAAUUACACCUUGGUGGAUGCUAUCCUGAAAGUUAAAGAGAAGAGGUGGAUUUUUCCAAAUCGAGGAUUUCUUAAACAACUUACAUGGCCCAAUUUCCCCCCAGCCUGUUCCAUCCUGCAGCGGCCCUGACAGCUCGACCUGCAGCUGCACAGCCGGAGGAAGCCAGAGGCACACACCAAUCCCCCAGAUACACAUCUCCUUCAGGGAACAUUCAAUUAUGGCACAGCUUUGCUUCCUGAUUAGUUGUUUGCCAUGCACCGGAUGCUGUUAAGUCAUGGUAGCAGUACUAAGGAGAAGAGUGAGGAAGAAACAGUAACCACUUGGCCAACUGCGUAU